AUGGCUUGUUCCAGUGUUCGAUAUGGUGCAGGAUGCACACAAGAAGUUGGAAUGGAUUGUAAGAAUUUAGGAGCUAAGAAAGUCUGUUUGAUGACUGAUGGCAACUUGGUGAAUCUGCCUCCAGUAAAAACUGCCAUGGAGUCUUUAGAGAGAGCCAAUGUACCUUACAAAAUUUAUGAUAAGGUUAGAGUUGAACCCACAGAUGAAAGUUUCAAACAUGCAAUAGAUUUUGCCAAAGCAGAGAACUUUGAUGUGUUUGUAGCAGUGGGCGGAGGCUCUGUGAUUGACACUUGUAAAGCUGCCAACCUUUACUCCACUGACCCAGAGGCGGAUCUGUUAGAUUAUGUCAACGCCCCUAUUGGUAAAGGCCUUCCAGUCAGGCAUGAGCUUAAGCCUUUAAUUGCAGUAACAACUACAGCUGGUACUGGUAGUGAAACAACAGGAGUAGCAGUAUUUGAUUACCUCCCUACUCAAUCCAAAACAGGCAUUGCUCAAAGGGCAUUGAGACCAACCCUGGGUAUUGUCGAUCCUCUACAUUUACAGUAUAUGCCUGAACGUGUCACUGCUUAUAGUGGAAUUGAUGUCCUGUGUCAUGCCUUGGAGUCAUACACAGCCUUACCCUACAACGAACGAUCACCAGCCCCUACUGAUCCCAUUCUUCGCCCCGCCUACCAGGGUAGUAACCCCAUGAGUGACAUCUGGUGUCAACAUGCGCUGAGAGUCACCAGCAAAUAUAUUAAAAGGGCAGUGUUCGAUUCUGAUGAUUUAGAAGCCAGGUCAGCUAUGCAUAAUGCCAGUUCCUAUGCUGGCAUUGGUUUUGGAAACUCUGGAUGUCAUUUGUGCCAUGGUAUGUCGUACCCUAUAGCUGGUCUAGUGAGAGAUUAUAAACCAGAAGGUUACAAGGGAUCUGGACCUAUUGUGCCCCAUGGUUUGUCUGUAUGUGUAACAUCCCCAGCAGUAUUCCGCUGGACAGGCUCGUCUUGUCCAGAAAGACACAUCCAUUCUGCCGAGAUGCUAGGAGCUGAUGUGACGAAUGUAAAGAAAGCGGAUGCUGGAAGAGUUCUAUCAGAUACCUUGCUCAAAAUACUGGAUGAACUUAAAGUACCAAAUGGUCUGGAAGAUGUAGGCUACAGUAGUCAGGAUAUACCAGCCAUGGUUAAAGGGGCAUUACCACAAAAACGACUGCUGAAUUUAUCCCCAAAACCAGUAGAAGCUGAUCAUUUGUCAGAGAUAUAUGAAAAUUCCAUGAAGAUUUACUAA